AUGGCUUCAGGUGGAUACAACUAUACCACCAAUUGUCUCCCGGUCAAGAGAUCACAGCGUCCAAGGAGAGAGGGAGCUGGUCAUUGGCCUGUGGCCUCCAGAAAGGCAAAGCAGCAGAAACACGGAGCUGUGUUGAGGAGAGUCAAAGAUGCUUCCAGCAAAUAUGAGCACAAGGAUGCUGGUGUUUUAGAUGGACUCCUAUUGCUCCAGAUACAUUGUGUUGAGAAGCCGUUUCAGCUCUGCUCUAUCAACAUCAGUGAGAGAAAACUAAAGGCCGUCAAACCAGAAGAGCUCAAGGUGUUUGAAAAUGUAGCAUACAUCGAUGCUUCGAUUAACUCCCUCUCUUUAGGGUCUUUCAGCUGUUUUCCUGCUUUGAGAGAACUCAAUCUGUCUUUAAAUGGAAUCUGCAACAUAACAUUGGAUGUUGCCAGUUUCCCUCAUCUCGAGGUUUUGGAUUUGUCCUACAACCGUUUAUCACCUGAAGACAUCGUCUCCGUAGGUCGUCUUCCACAUCUCAAAGCCCUUCAUCUGACUGGAAAUAAUCUCAGGCGUCUACCUCCUGAUCUGGGCUCCUCAAACCCUGACUCCACUCAGCUACCAACUGAAGGCAAACUGUUUGAAGUUCUUGAAGUCCUGAUGCUUGAUGAUAACAAACUAUUCUGUGGAGUUUUCUACAGUCUGGCAAGCCUUCCGAGGCUUAAGUAUCUAAACCUACAGAGAAACAAUAUUUCAGAAAUACCAUGCAUGCAAGCGACGAGCAGUUUGAAAGAUGUGCAUAUUUCUGUUGAAGAGGAGGUGCACACUGAGGUAAAUCUUACCACUGAAGAACAUUUGAAGGUUUUAAAGUCAUUUCACACUGGCGCUUGGGAGGAAAACUGCAGUAGAUCCAGUCUUCCUCUUCCUCUACCAGAACUCCAGUUCCUCAACCUAGCGGAGAACCAGAUUGACAAAGAAGAAGCCCUGAUUGCUGCUGAUAUUUUCCCAAAGCUUCGUGAAAUAGAUAUUCACUCUAACCCUUUAGCUACAAAACGGAGAGGAGACUCUCCUUUACUGACUUACCUUCAAAAGAGACUAAAAAUAAAGUGGAAGAAGACCAAAGGAGCAGUUUCCCCGGAUUCAAAAUGGAAGAGGAUGACUGCUGAGGAGAAUCAGGGCAGCAGAACUAGUCAUGAACAAUCCAUGUGCUGCCAAAUUAUGACGGAUUCAAAAGCGAGUCCUGAUGUGUUGAAGCAUGUUGGAAAGUCAACAGCUGUUCGGAUGCUGGAGUACAGACUGAAGAAUCUUAAUGUCUACAGAGAGUCCAAACCAAAACUUGAUAGCAUCCAGACAUCGUACAGAGAAAGAAAGAAAAAGACACAGAUUUUACCACUUCUGAGACCAGUAAAGCAAUCACAUGAAAGGGUUGAUGAGAUGUAUGAAGCCAUAAAAAAACAGUACAAUAUUGACUGA